UUUAUUUAUUUUUUUUCCAGGACGUUUUGAACAGACGGCUCGAAGAACGCACGGACGAGAUGGUGGAACGCGGAUUGGUCGACGAGCUUUGCCAGUUCAAAAAAGAACUUUCCAAAAUGACCGGUACAGACAACUUCAAUUUGGAUUUUACGAAGGGCGUGUUGCAGUGCAUCGGCCUGAAACAGUUCCAGCAGUAUCUAGAGUUUCCGGUCGACGGUCGCGACACCGAGGCUGGCCGCAAGUGUCUGAAGGACGCGCUUGUCGCCAUGAAGUACAUGACCAAAAAAUACGCCAGACGGCAGAUCCGGUGGAUCAACAACCGUUUCCUCAAACCCAACGACAAACAGGCCGUUUCGGUGUACCGACUGGACUGCACCGACCUCGAGGAGUGGAAGCGGCUGAGCGACCGGGCGGUGGACUUGGCGCAAGUUGUGCUGGGCCGGAAACCUCGCGAUCAACACACGCUGGAGCCGAUCGACGUCAGCGACCAGAAAACCGUUUUGCCCGUGUACGGCGACUAUUAUUGCGACGAUUGUUCCAGACCGUUUUCCAAUGACAUACAAUAUAACAUCCAUAUGGGUUCAAAGAAACAUGUUAAAGUGAUGAUGAAACGUAAACGAAAACUUCAGGAUACAACUUUACAUUGCGACAGUGACAAUGAGAAAAAAUUGUACUCUCAUAAGAAAACAUGAGUUAAUAACUUAAUUAGAUUGUUACCCACCAGUUGUAUUGUGAUGACAUUAGAUCCCAAUUAUUUAAUUUAUAGAUGGUUAAUAUUGUGAAAUUAUAAAAAGAACUGACAUAAAGUCUGACUUUUGAGCAUGAGAAAUCUCUAUAGUAUGUAAACACAGGGUUGAUGUUAAAAUAUUUGUCUUAUAAUGUUAAUGCAUAAGAUCAAGACUGAUUAUAGAUUUUAGUUAAAUUAACAAGUCGUUUUGUAAUAUUUUACAGAUUGUUUUAUUUUGUUAUAAUUGUUAUUAAUAUUAUAUUAAUAAUAGAUGAAUUAUUAAAUUUAGAUAUUGUAAACAUUGCUAAUUCUUGUUAUAAUGUUCCUAAAUUAUAUUAUUUAAGAACAUAUUGAAUCUGGGAAUGUAUAAUAAUAUUGUAAGAGAGAAACCUUACACAGGUGUGGACCGGACAGGUAUGACAAAGGUGAAAUGAUUUCACUGUAGUCUGGCCUAAUAUUUAUGUUCAUGGCCCAACUGUCUAUUUUCUAAAGAAUCUUCCUGGCCUGCCCUAAGCAUUUCCUGACCUGAAAUAUUGUCCCAGCACACACCUGUGGUCACAUUAUUCCAUUUCCUAAUGGAAAUAACAUUAUUGUGCAUUUCAUUAGGUAGGUAUCUAAUAACAGUAUACAUUUAUAUAAACUAGUACAAUAAUAGCAAAACCAAUCAAAAUUGCUUAUAAAAAUUCAUUAAGGUGCAAAAGCGUUUUAUUUUCAAUAUUUUAAAAUCAGAUUUGUUGAAAAUUGUAUGUGUAAAGAUAGAAAAUACACCACAAUUCAUUAUAUUGAUAUAUUGUAAAGAUAUCUGUGUUUUUGUUGAAAGAUAAUUAAGAUUAUUGUAGUUAACUAUUGUACCCGAGACUUAUAUUUUAUAAUACUGUAUUAGUUUAAGUUUUAACCUAAACAUUUUUUUUUAAACAUCCCUCAAAUUGGUACUUGAAUGGUUAGAGUUUCAAAUCAUUGAGCAACUGUACUUACCAAUUUUCCACAAUAAUAAUAAUAUGUUUGAUGAAUCAUUGAACUAAAAUAGAUUUUGUGUUGUAUUCGUUAAAUUUAUAAGGUGCAUGUCAAGCUACACAAUCUUAAAAACUAUUGUGUUUGUUACUAUAAUUGAUGCUGCCAUAAGCUUAACGUUAUUCUUUUGUCUUUUGUUAUUGAUUAUAAACAAUACAUUAAACACUAUAUUGUA